UUGGUGGUAUCCUGGAGUCGGGGCCUUAUCAACCCUCAUUUCUCCCCCGGCGAGACGCUCUGAGAUUGAGAUUCAAGGAUCCCCCUGCGACAUCAUGGAGUCACCAACAGAGAUGCUCGCCCUGGCACAACAGUUGGAGACGGCGGCGAUGGCCCCCAGCCAGCUGCCACCUGCUAGUGACGAGCUGCAUGCGCGACUGCUAGCCGCAGCACGCAACCUCAUCACCGUCCUCGAGACGCCCGAGACCGAGCUGAUGCACCUGGCGAAAGCACCCGUCGCUCACGGCGUCUUGCGCGCUGCGCUGCGCAUCCGACUGUUCGAACGCUUCGAUGAGGGCGCGCCCACGGCCACAGAUUUGGCGCAGCGCUGCGGAACCGAUGUCGCGCUCCUCACUCGCAUCAUGCGAACUCUCGCCUCCAUCGGGAUAUUCACUGAGCCCACCCCGGGCAUCUACGCACAUACCCCCCGAUCAACCACCCUCCGACACGCCCAACACCGCGCCGUCAUCCAGGGCAUGGCCGAGACCGCCACGCUAAUGACGGCACUGCCCGACUUCCUCGACACGCACCACUGGCAAAACCCCGUCGACUCAGGCCCCACCCUGUUCGGCUUCGCCCACCACACCGAUCAGACCAUGUUCGAGUGGUUGGAGGGCCAGCCCGAGCAGCGCGCCAUCUUCGCUGCUUUCCAGUCCGGCACAACGGCUUUGGCUAUCUGCCAGCUGCAGCCGUUCCUCCGCGACCUCCUCCUCACAUCCCCCCCCCCUGCGCCUGCGGUGUCGGUGUCUGGCUCUUCGGUGUCCCCGUUGGUCCCCGACCAAGACCAGGACCGAGUCACCCUCGUCGAUGUCGGGGGUGGAAGGGGCGCCGUGUUGCGCGAGGUAAGUCGCGAGUUGCUGCCGACCAGGCCUCCGGGGCGCAUCGUGCUCCAGGACCUUCCCAAUGUGGUUGAGGGGCUGGGUGUGUCGGACGGGGUCGAGGCCAUGCCGUAUAACUUCCUCGACCCGCAGCCCGUUAAGGGUAACAAUCCCCCAGUCUCUAGACUAAACCCUCCCUGAGUCCCUCCUCCCCUCCCCCUUCCCCUCACUUCCUAAUAUCUACAUAUCGACCCCAUCCAUCUAUCUAACCCAACCGCAAUUCUCAAAAAAAAACAGAUGCCCACACCUACCUCUUCCGCCACAUCUUCCACAACUGGAGCGACAGCGUCGCACACAAAAUCCUACAGAACACCGCCGCUGCCAUGGGCCCGUCCUCGCGGGUCGUCAUCGUCGAUCUGGUGCUGCC